AUGUUUGAUUUAGGAUUCGAACCAUAAUCAACCAAGAUUUUAGGAACUACAAGACCAGAUAAAUAAACAGCACUUUUCUCUGCUACUUUCCCCAAAAAUGUGGAAAAUUUAGCCAAAAAAUUAAUGCAACAUAGGCCCGUGGAGAUAAGUGUUGGGGCAAGGGGAUAAGCAUGUACUAAUAUUACGUAAAUCAUUGAGAUUAGGGAAGAAUAAACUAGAUUGUAUAGACUUUUAGAAUUAUUAGGAGUAUUUUUAGAUAAAGGAUAGGUUAUAAUAUUUGUUGAUAAGUAAAUUGAAGCAGAUUAACUUUAUACUAAUUUAUUAAAGUAUAGCUAUUAUCCAACAGUUUUACAUGCUGGAAUGGAUCCUGAUGAUAGAGCAAGUAAUUUAAUUGAUUUUAAAAAAGGUUUAUACAAAAUACUUAUUGCUACUUCGGUUAGUAGUAGAGGUAUAGAUGUUAAAAAUGUAGUAUUAGUUAUAAAUUAUAAAUGUCCGAAUCAUAUAGAAGAUUAUAUACAUAGAAUCGGAAGAACAGGACGUGCUGGUAAUAAAGGAACUGCAGUAACAUUUAUAGGAUAAGAUGAUGAAUAAUAUAGUUUAGAUUUAGUUAAAGCUUUGAAAAGAAGUGAUUAAUAAGUUCCUGAUUAAUUAUAAGAAAUGGCAAAUAACUAUAAGAAAAAAUUAAAAAGUGGUGAAGCUAGAGUAUACUCUAAUCAAAAUAUGUAAGGACAUGGUUACUCAUUUAAUGAAUAGGAAAAAGCAAAUGCUGAAAAGGCUAAAUUCGAAUAAUAAAAAUUUAUAAAUUUCUAACUUGGAAUAAAUGAAGAAAUCGAAGAUUUUUCUGAUGAUAAAAUAAUAAAAAAAAUCCAGCCAAAAACAGAGGAAGAAAAAGAAAAACUCGAAAGAAAAAAUAUGAUGAGCCUACAACAAAAACUGGCGUAAAUAAAAGACAAGGAAGAAUACAGAGAUUUAUAUGAAUAAAUACUUUCCGAGUCUAAAAAAGCUGCUGACAAAGCUUUAUAAGCAGGCUAAAGUUCCUAAAAAAUACAGGAAGCAGCUGAAGAAGCUAUAAGAAAGGCUUUGGAAAAAUAUAGACCAGCUACUAAAAGCAUAGACUUGGGAAAAAUGGAAAUAGUUAAAAUGUUAUAAGAUUUCGAGAAAUAAAACGAAGAAACCAUAGGCUAGAUUGUAGCAGAAUUAGAAAUUAAUGACUAUCCAGAAUACGCUAGGAAAUAAGUUCUUAAGAAAGAUUUUUUGGAAAGAAUUUAUAUGUUAACUAAUUGUAAUGUAGUUUAGAGAGGUGUGUUGGUUGAAACCGGAAAAAACCAAUGGCGGGAUUUUAAAAAUUGUAUUUGA